AUGACCAAGAUGGUGGAUGAUUCUUGUAACCCAGUGCCUCGUCCUAAGCAACUGACUCUGCUGGAGAAGCUAGACACUCUGUGCAACCUUUCGGUCCACACUAGCCACAAGCCUGCUGGAGCCAACCUUGCCGCUUACAACAGGGCAACCUGCGACUCCUGGGCGAUGCUAUGGCGCAGCACAGUCACCAAAAAGGAAGAAGCAGGUGCCACGUAA